AGAGGACUGUAAUAAUGGCAGAGCACAAAGAAUAUCAGUGGCUGAUGCAACAUUAUAUUCGCACAUAUCAGUGUAGAGUGUGUGAAGAAACGUGUGUUCUAGAAACAUAUUUCUGGAACAAUACGGAUAAUUGUCAACCGUCGACAAAAACAUUGACCAAAUUAAAAGAGCACUUAAUUCUUAAACAUCCGGAAACAUACGUUCGCCUGAAAGACCUGUCACAAAAUGAGCUGCUGCGAUGUUACAAUUCGAAAUUAAACUGCCAAGUCUGUAUUGCAGGAUUCGAGAAUAACACGUACAGUUUCCAACCGUCUAAAGAAAUAUUAAUACAAUUAAAAAGGCACUUAUGCGAUAACCAUACCAAACAAUAUAAUCCCAAACAUGACACAGAAUAUAAUGUAAUUAAAGUGAAACAGGUUCCAGUACGUUCCUUUAUACUAAAACAUUAUUCAUAUUUAAAAGGAAAUCUGCUAAAAUGCAAUAAUUGCUUUCAAAUAUUUUGUAUCGCUGGAGUGAACGUUUCUUCUUAUAAGAUACUAUAUUUUCACCUAAAACAUGACCAUUACAACAAAUUAACAGCAGUAGAAAGGGAUGAUUCAAAAGUAGCUUGGUAUUGGGAUUACUUCACACAGAACAAAGGACAAAAUGAAUCCAAGAUUUGUGAAAAAAAAUAUAACACAUCCACUAAUCAUAAUCACCUGGGUUCUCAUCUCAUAAAUGUCCACAAAAAAACCUAUCCAACUUUGAGCAUUGCUACGGAUGAUACGGAGGAUUCGAUCGAUACAGAUAUGAGAACAUCUACAGGAAAAGAGAACGUUCAAGAAACCGCAGCUUCUUUAUGUACGGAUAUGCCCACAAAGACAGAAGUGACAAGAGCUCUUAACGAACCAACAGCAAGCACUUCGAAAGCAACUUGAGGAUUACCUUCGCCGCUUUAUAGGUGGGACUGAUAUUCCAGAAUCAUCUG